UAACUGCGGGCGCCCUGAGACUUCUGGAUUGGGAUGUAAUCCGGUCUCCGGGUUUUGACCGCACCCGAGCGGGGAGGUGGGUACGACCCACGGGACCCUGCCCCGAGAGAGCUGCAGGUACCGGAGGCUACCCCUUUCCUAGUCGGAAAAAUAUCUCAGACUUGGAGUAUCUCCUGUUUUCUUUGUGCAAGGCUGCAGUGUACAGAGUCGGUCAGAGAAGACAGAGUAGCGUUUCUGUGGCGAACGGUUUAGAAAAAUCUAUGGGGCAGGUUUGCUCCGCCGGCUGCUCGUACAUUCCCCGGCCCCCACAGGACUUCGGGUUUCCGGCCCCCAGACACACACCCGCCCGGGGCUGGGUGAAUGGCGUCCUUGGGCCUUUGAUAACGGGAGUUGGCAAGACCACAGCCUACUCCAUCCCUGAGGCGGCCCGCCGCGCCCACAUGCUUCUCGCAGAGCCGCCGCCCUUGUCCACCACUCCCACAGCUGUAAAAUAAAGCGGCCUGCAUACUCCCUACAGCGCUUUCCCCGCUCCCAUAUACGCACACACACCCCAUCUUCCAGCCAGUUCCUAACUCGCGCCACUCCCCAAACCGGACUCAAAUCCGGAGCCCCGCCCACCUCCCCGGCCCCGCGGAAAACCAGGAGCGGCCGCUUGGGCAAGGCGCGGCCGGAACGCACUGGGCAUGCUCGCCGGGGAGGGGAGGGCCGGGCUGCGCGCGGCGAGUAGGAAGCCUUCGCCCAGUAGAGGCUGUGGGAGAGAUCGCGAUGGGCCGCGGCGGUGGGCGCACGUUCCGCGGGGACUCAUGCCACGCGCGUCCCGGCCCGACGCGCAAUUAGCAGCCACCUCCGCAGCCCGCCGCCACCGCCUCCCUGCCCUCCCGGGCUGCCGCAGUUAGGAGCUCCAGCCGUCGCCUCGCGCAAGCUGCGGGCAUUGUCCUCUCGGUUCGCCGCCCGGGCUGCUGCUGCCGCCGCGGACUGCUGCGGGGCCCGGACCCGCGCCCCAGGGAUACGCCGCCGCCGGCCGGCCUGGCGCCCGGCCUCCGUUCGGUGAUUUCCGUCCUGCGUCCUCUGGGUUGCUCUCUCCUGGGUUUUUCCUGCGUAGCUGAGGAAGGGGGAGAGAAGUCCAGCCGCCAAGCCCAGCCUUCCCCGGCGCGCAGCCCCGACGGGGCCACGGCAGGCGCGGCGAGAGCGCUGACGGAGCCAUGAGAGAGUACAAAGUGGUGGUGCUGGGCUCGGGCGGCGUGGGCAAGUCCGCGCUCACCGUGCAGUUCGUGACGGGCUCCUUCAUCGAGAAGUACGACCCGACCAUCGAAGACUUUUACCGCAAGGAGAUUGAGGUGGACUCGUCGCCGUCGGUGCUGGAGAUCCUGGAUACGGCGGGCACCGAGCAGUUCGCGUCCAUGCGGGACCUGUACAUCAAGAACGGCCAGGGCUUCAUCCUGGUCUACAGCCUCGUCAACCAGCAAAGCUUCCAGGACAUCAAGCCCAUGCGGGACCAGAUCAUCCGCGUGAAGCGGUACGAGCGCGUGCCCAUGAUCUUGGUGGGCAACAAGGUGGACCUGGAGGGUGAGCGCGAGGUCUCGUACGGGGAGGGCAAGGCCCUGGCUGAGGAGUGGAGCUGCCCCUUCAUGGAGACGUCGGCCAAAAACAAAGCCUCGGUAGACGAGCUGUUUGCCGAGAUCGUGCGGCAGAUGAACUACGCGGCGCAGCCCAACGGCGAUGAGGGCUGCUGCUCGGCCUGCGUGAUCCUCUGAGGCGGCCACCGCGCGCCGGCUGCGCUUUGCGCACAAAAGCCAAACGCAUCCGACUCUCUAAAUGUGAUUUAUUUCUUGCUUUGAGAUUGGAGACCACUUUGCAUUGGCCAGGGUGUCUUGGGAGCCCGGCUGGCCUCCGCGGCCGGCGUCCCCUGCCUCCACCCUGUGCCCGAGGGGGUGUCCCGUCCUGCCCAUCCGAUACUCUGGUGGAAAUGUGGCUCUUUGCAGCAUGUACGUUUCUCCCUGAUUUUGGUUGAUGCAUAUUUCCCCGUUUAAGUAGCCGUUAGGGCGCAGUAUCGGCAGCUUGACACCCACCAAGCAAAAGUUUCAGCCCGGAGAAAAAAUAGGGGGGAGGGGUAGAGGAAAAGGAGGGGGAGAAGGUGGAAAUGGUUUUUUUUUUUCUAUUUUCUUUCUUUCUUUUUUUUUUUUUUUUUUUUGGUCAACAGCCGUUUUUCUAGUUCCAAGUUUUAAAUACAUGGAAGGAAGUCCGGGAGAACCAUAUGAAGGAGCAGGAGGAGAGGAAGAAACUUUUUUUUCCUUGUUUUCCAGGAGUAGCUGGAAAUUAAGAUCGGGUUCCUUUUCUGCCAGCUUGGAAGGGCAACCCCAUGACUGAUUGCGAUUCUGAGGAUGUCUAUGCAAAGUUGGAUUCUUGUUACAGUGUAUCCAAUCUGAAGUAUUGCACAUCUGAACUGGGACUGUUAACACUGAUGCCAAUACAGUGUGGGGUGCCAGAAAGUGUCUGCUGAUAUUUGUGGAAAAAAAUUCUAUUUUGUUUACCUACUGUAUCAAAGGGGAGUCUGGGGGAGAACGGUAGUAUUUUUUUUUUAUCAGCUGUGAAAAAAAUGUUACAGAUCUGCACAUUUUCGUGUGUACUAUGGUGUGUGUGUGUGUGUGUGUGUGUGUAUGUGUGGUGUGUGUGUUUUAAGUUUAGCCUUUUCGUUUUUUUGGUUGGCAGUAACCGAUUUUAAUGACUAGCUUUUAAAAAUACAGUACAAAGACUUUGUAAAUGUGAUUCAGGGCCCCCAGCACCCCUGUGUCUGCAGAGUGCCUUCAAAACUCAGCUGUUCCAGCCGGUGCCAACCUGUGAACUUCCCACCAUAUCCCAGAAUCUGCUAUUCCCCAAACCACUUCCCAGUUUCCUUUCAGUAAUCUUUCUGAAGGAGCCAGGACAAUAGGGCCUGUUGUUCAGUGAAUUUCUUUAUUAUUUUCAGCCUUUAAAAUGUAAUUUCCAUCUCUUGCAAUGAAUUUGUUUCCCUUUUUUUUUGCUUCAUUUUGUUUAAAUUUUCAGGUAUUUAGCUCCCCUUUCAUAUUAUUUUUAAAUUUUUAAAUUACCUGUUGUAGGGUGUUCCUCCAGAAGCAAAGAACAAAAUUUUACUGUUUUGAUGUACCAAUUCUAACUAAUUGUAAUUUUUAAUUUCAUGCGUUUAAUCAUUGUCUCUUCAUUUUAAGACUUUUAAUACAAAUGCCAUUUUUAAAGAAACAAACCCAAAA